AAAUAUGAUACAAAAAGGAUAUCAAAGUGUAAACAAAUUUCAGCAAAUAGGUUUAAUUAUAUGCUUAAGUGUAUUGGUUGUGAAUGCAUUGCCUCAGGAAGAUCGGCCGAGAAAAGUUCGUCCUGGACGUUAUAUACCAGAGUUGCAUGGCGGUUCAUUGGGUAAAUGGGUGCCCGAUGAUAGCGGUAAAUAUUUCCACAUUCAUCGCCCAUACGAUGGCGGUUACGGUGAUCGCGGUAUAAAAUAUGUUCACGACGCCCGCGGUAAUAUCAUUAGACGACCGUUGUCGUUAAUUCCUACGCAAUUUCUGAAAGGUCCUUUAGGUCCUGACGAUCAUAUACGUUUUAUGAUUGACUUUAAUUACAAUGGAACCGGUUGGCAAAUUCUUAAAUUUGAAUGGAACCGUGAUGGUGAUGAAGAACAUCAAUACAAUAUCGAAGUUUCGAAUCACUUAUGGUUAACUGAAGAGGAACAAGCAUUAGAAGAUCAACGUGCUGCCGAAUAUGAAAAGAAUAAAAAUGGUAACAACGGUGACGAGGGUACAGUUCAUGUCGACGGCGUUUACAAUGACGAAGAAGGCUAUAAUUAUUCUUACACAAAUGAGGAAAAUACCCAGACAUCGUCAGCAGCAAAACAAAAUAUACAAAAUUUACAAAAUUCCUUAAAGGAAGUACUGGAUUACAUACAGAGGAGCGUUAUACCAAGUCUAUGAGUUUAGCUUCGCUAGCUAACCUGCUACCUAUAGUUAAUUUUAAAUUAUUUAUUUUUGCGGAA